AUGAGGAUCUGGUGGCUCCUGCUCGCCACUGGAGUCUGCAUAGGGAGCACGAACUCACAGGACACCUGCCGGCAAGGCCACCCGGGUGUCCCGGGGAAUCCCGGUCACAAUGGCCUGCCUGGAAGAGACGGACGCGAUGGAGGAAAGGGUGACAAAGGGGAUGCAGGAGAACCAGGACAUCCUGGCAGUUCAGGGAAGGAUGGAAUGCGCGGACAGAAAGGAGAACAAGGAGCAGAUGGAAGAGUUGAAGCAAAAGGCAUCAAAGGAGAUCCAGGCUCCAGAGGGCCCCCAGGGAAACAUGGGCCAAAGGGAUUUGUUGGCUCCAUGGGGGAGCGAGGCCUCAGAGGAGAGACUGGUCCUCAAGGGCAAAAAGGGGAGAAAGGUGAUGUGGGUCCCAUUGGCCCAGCGGGGCUAAAGGGCAGCAGUGGGCCUGUGGGCCCAACUGGUGUGCAGGGACCCAUGGGCCCCCUGGGGAAGCCUGGUCCCAAGGGCGAUGCUGGGCCCUUGGGACCUCAAGGGGAGCCAGGAGCCCGAGGAAUGAGAGGCUGGAAAGGGGAUCGAGGAGAAAAAGGAAAAAUUGGCGAGACUCCAGUCUUGCCAAAAAGUGCUUUCACCGUGGGGCUCACGGUGCUGAGCAAGUUUCCUUCCUCAGACGUACCCAUUAAAUUCGACAAGAUCUUGUAUAAUGAAUUCAACCAUUAUGACAUAGCUACGGGAAAAUUUACUUGCCACAUUGCAGGGGUCUAUUACUUCACCUACCACAUCACUGUCUUCUCCAGGAAUGUGCAGGUGUCUUUGGUCAAAAAUGGGGUAAAAAUACUGCACACAAAGGACGGUUACAUGAGCUCCGAGGACCAGGCCUCCGGUGGCUUGGUGCUGCCACUGAAGCUGGGGGACGAGGUGUGGCUGCAGGUGGCCGGAGGGGAGAGGUUUAACGGCCUGUUUGCGGAUGAGGAUGAUGACACAACUUUCACGGGCUUCCUUUUGUUCAGCAGCCAGUGA